AUGCAAGCUGAAACUUCAAUGCAAGCUGAAACCUCGCGCGUUGAUCUUCAAACGCACAAGUACUGGGAUAAAGUUCAGACGAUACCCUCUCAUAUCAAGUAUUUGCUUAAUCCUGAUGUAGAUUACAAUCAGAAAUCGACAAAAAAAGAAGACCUCCGAGACAUGAUGAGGCAUUUUGGUAUUGAACGCCAACAUUUUCCUGCUAGUCUCGUGAAAGCCAAGCUUCUCAACAAUUACAAGGACCUCCUAUUGCCCAAUCUUCAACCUUUCAUCAGCCAGAUGGACACUGGUGCAGCACGAGCCAGAGCCGCGGACAACGCCAAACGGUCCCCUUUCCUCCAGCCAGCCACCUCGUCACUUGAAACCCUUCGGUCGGCUAUCCUCACGAAGAUCAGGGCUAGUCUCGUUCCCCCAACCUUUUCCAAAACGGCACUUACCAGACUCUGGCGGCACGCAUUCUAUCCUGCUCCGAAAAACAGCUACGCCCAUGUGGAGUUUUUUGCGCGCCCACAUACCUUUGAUGAAGCCGAUCUUCCUUCUAAGAGCCGCGACGUCUUGCGACACGCCCUACAAUGCGAGCACCCCGAAGUAUUUGUACCUCUUGUGGCAUGUACGGAGCCCAUUUUACGCGCGCUGUACGAACGAUUCGUCUUGGAAAAAAAAAACCUGGACACUGAGCUUUGUUAUGGAGUACACUACUACAUUAUUGAGUCAGAUGGUACUAGUCCAGGGAAUAAUUACGAGUAUUCAGAUGAGCAGAACUGUGAAGGAUCAAAUCCACCUAGCCUCUCGGCCUCCGUCAAUCUCAAUAAAAGUGUUAAGAUGAAUCUUUAA